CAGGUCUUCAAAAAGUUUUGAUUCACGCCGGGAUAUCAGAGAGCUGACUGGCGGAGAGACUUGUCAGCCAUGUUUCUCCGAACGUGUUUUGGAACUGUGUUUUUGUUCGUGGUGACCAUCAAAGCUGCCCCCUCUCCCAUCCCCGAAGACCUUCAGAAGGCGUCAGGGGUUGAAGAAUUCUUAGAAAAGGAAUUACAGUUGAUGAACAAAUAUCGUUUGAUGCACGCUGCCGCUCCUCUCCAGCUCUCACUCGACCUGACUAACAAGGCCGAGUUAUGGGCAACUCAACUGGCCAAUCAGGACAAGGAAAAGAUUGACGUCAACUCCAAAUAUGGUCAGAACAUUUUCUCGACCAAAGACGAGAAAGACGUCGCAACUAAAAGCGUGCAGUCGUGGUAUAAUCAAAUUAGAUUCUAUGAUUUUCACAGCGCAAAGGAAUCUCUGAAAUCCUCUUAUUUUACCCAGCUUGUCUGGGUUGGGUCUCAGGAAGUCGGCAUUGGAAAGGCGAAAAGUUCAACCGGCAAAACCUACAUUGUGGCCUUGUUCAACCCUCCUGGUAACAAAGGAAACUUCCUGCAUAAUGUGCUCCCAGUGACAGGAAGUGGUGUUGGAAAGCAAGGACUAUCAAAGUGCCCCAAUGGAUAUAAACUGUACAACAACAUUUGCUACAAAUACUUCCCCGGUCCAGUGAACUGGGUUCAAGCCUCGGAGAAAUGCGCUGCGGACUUUGCCACUCUUGCAUCGAUUGGGAGUCAGGCUGAGGAUAUUUUCGUGAAAACUGUUUUGACUUCAGCUGGUGUCUCAGAUGCCUGGAUCGGGGUGAGCGAUUUGACGAACGACGGAGUCCUGUCAUGGCUGGAUGGAAGCCCACCUCACUUUAUGAAUUGGGAUUUCUACCAGAAGAACUUUCCUGGAAAAAAGUGUGGGGUCAUAUUUACCAACUUUAACUGGAAGUAUAAGGCUUGCGAUGGAUCGCGAGGAUUCGUUUGCAAGCGACCGCUGAGAGGCAUAACCGAAUACUUAGUGAUUCUUCGUUACCAAAACAAGUUGUGGACCGACAACCUUUACGUUCCGGGAACUCCUAGGUACCAAGCUCUCAGCAGACAUAUCCAAGAAGCGCUUCUAGAUGUAUACGGUGACUUUGAUUGGUUUGAACAAGUCACGGUGGAUCACUUCAGCAAAGGAGAUGAAGACAAAAUCCUGGCAUACUUCAAACUACGCUUCACUCCUGAUGACACCUCCCCAGCUGAUCCGAUCCAGUUUCUCCGAGACUCUAUUCAGGGAAAUGGUGCAUCAAAAAGAAGUGUCAUCACCGGAACUCUUCAUGGGGAAAAAGUUCAGCUUGUUAACGCUACUUUGAUUGUGGUGGACCAGACUCCAGAGACGUGUCCCAGUUAUUGCAUGAAUUCGCAAUGCAUGCCGGCCGCCUGUAGCCCAUGGUGCUGUGAUUCAUUUGGCCAGCAGUUUUUCCAAAGCUCUUAUGGAGCACCACAACAGCCUGGUUACAACAUGGUUGGUUCUCCAGCAGGCCAAAUACAAGGUUAUCCCCCACCAAACCCCUUUUCAGCCCCUCAGCAGGCCCAGUUUCAGUACCGACCUCAACCACAGCCCGCUUACCCGAUCCUUCCGCGGCAACAGCCAUAUCAGUACCCAAUUUCACCCCCUCAAUACCCAUUACCACCUCAACCGCAGCCGUACCAAUAUCCAGUUCCACCUCGGCCACAACAACGCCAAUACCAACCACAGACUCCCAUCCGGUCCCCUUACCCAGUCCCUCUACGACCGCAAACGUAUCCUUUCCCAAUCCCUGUGCAACCGCAACAGAUUCGUUACCAGGUUCCGCAAAGACCAGCCACACUUCCAUCGCCACAGUUCUUAAUUCUACCGCGUCAACCACAACCCCAGCACCAAGCACCACAGCCAUACCAGGCUAUCCCAAGGCCAGCGUAUCCGCAGCCCUGGCCUGUUUUUCCGCAGCCUCAGCAGAUGAUUCAGCAGCCUCCACCACAGUUCUUGCAAAUGGGCCAAAAUACAAAGGAGAAGCAGAAGCCACAAGCUGGUCAAGGGAAGUCACCGGUACAACUACAAGGGGUGGUCACCUCGUACCCCUUCCAGCAGCCAUACCAGCCCGUGCCAAAUCCUCCGAUGCCUUUCUACCAGCCAACCUUCCAGCAAUACUAUCAACCCACAGUUGCGGCUUCCAAGCCACGUUCACAAAGUAAAGAGAAGGGGAAGGAGUCAGAGAAGGAAUCUGAGAGCGGCAAAGAAAAGUCUCACGAGAAACCUCCGCCAGUCACUAUACCACAGCCAACCUAUCCUUAUUUUGGAUAUCCUCCACAGUCUUCCUACCCUUACUAUUCCACUCCCAUGCCAUCAACUCAGACACCUUGGAAGAUAAGAAUCUACAGACCUGCCUUAACUAUUCCCCGUUCAUCGCCUCUUCCCCUGAUUAACCCGGGAUAUCCGAUUCCAAAUAUGCAGCAGCCAGCCUAUCAGUCAUACCCUGUUUCCCCUCCGCAGUAUCGGCUACCACCUGCUGGUCUACAACCCGCAUCUCCAGGGCUUCGACCUUUAGAACAAAGACCAUUGUAUCCACAAGUCAGCCCUCCUCAACUAGGUUAUCCGAUGCAGCCACCCUUGCCAGUCAGUCCCUAUCGGCCGCCCUUUCCUUACCCCAACCCGUAUCCCGGCGUACAAAUCCCGCAAACAGCUCCUGUACGGGGGCGUAAGUGAUGAACUUGGCUUCUAAAAAAAAGUUUGAAAACUGAUAAUGGAUUAUUUCUCAGGGAAUGAAAUAUGAAACGUUGUCAUAUUCAAGAUAUAUGCUUCAAAUUUGUACAAAGAGCUUAAGAAGUUUCAACUAGGGAAUAACUUAUUGAUAUUAAUCAAUACAUUAUGUCAUAGCUCAGAUGACGCAGUUUUGAUUGAUUCUGAGACACAGGUGGAGUCUCCCAAAACGGUGCAUCCUCAUUGCUGCAGCAAGUUCGGGUGACUUUCUUCUUUUCUCCUUAUGAAGGGUUUAGCUUAGCUAGGCAACUUAAAUCUCUUCCCGGAAGAAAUUCAAGAUGAAAAACUGCCAUCAAUUUCGCCUGUAAAUAAAUAUUUACUGUACAUGGGACACAUUUGCAUGCCGGUUAUAAUAGCUAAGAAUUAUUGCGGUAAAAAAAGAUCGUCAUGUAAAUAUUGUGAUCUGUAUCUUAUUGUCUUCAGCCAGGGCGAUAGCAAAGCUUUAGUUGUUACUGUUGAUGUCGUUUUUCUCUCUUUUUUUUUUAUUGGAGUACUGUCUUAGUGGCCGAUGCCUAAUUCAUGUUCAGUA